AAACUCAUAUUUGACAUACACUUCCAGCUCUGUUCGCUCACAUACCUGGUCUUUAUCAUCGAUUUUGUCAUUUUUCUCAUUAUUUUGCCCGAUUUCGUACGCGAUAGGGGAUUGACAGCACACGAGGGAACACUACUCGUAUCCCUGUACUCCAUAACCGACUUGUUUGGGCGACUAAUCCCCGGUUGGGUUUCAUACCUCGACUACAUUAGCAACAGAAACAUCUUUGUCUUAUCCAUCGCUGCGAUGGGAGUCUCUCUACUACUGAUGCCUUUGGCGAACAGUUUCGGGGUAUUCGCUGCGCUGACACUGAUUUGUGGUUUUGUGACCGGAUGUCAAAUGGUUUUACCCGCAGUCGUACUCUCAGAGUAUUUAGGCUCUGAUAAAACGGCCGUCGCUUUC